AUUUUCGCGAGGUGGAUGGCAGAGAGGCCUACUACACGAAGAAAGAAAAGGAGUUCAAUGCAGUCGCGGAUUUGCUGAAGCCUGUGCAGAAGUUAUGACUUGCACUUGCUUCAUCAGGUGUAGUUACCAGAUGCAUCCAUAUCUUAGAGUUUGACUUUUUACAAGUUACUUUUGCUCGUCUCAAUUCACUCGUUUCACCGUCUCAACCUCUAACCAGCGGCUUCCGAGACAAUAAGAGCGCCAUGCAUAACAGUGCGAAUGGUAGUUACGCAGUGAAGGCCACGGU